CCGCCUCCGCCUCCGCCGCGCGGCUCAGCAGCACCGCGGACAGCGCCGGUGCCGCCCGCUCGGUUCUGCCCGGCUCGGUUCGGCACGGCCCGGCCCCGCCGCCGGCUCCCGUUCACCCGCGCGGCCCGACCCAGCGCAGCACGGCCCGGCCCGGGGCGCACGGAGCGUCAUGGCCACGGAGGUACACAGCCUGCAGGAGCUGAGGCGCAGCGCGUCCCUGGCCACCAAGGUCUUUGUGCAGCGGGACUACAGUGAUGGGACCACGUGCCAGUUCCAGACUAAGUUCCCCCCGGAGCUGGAGAGCCGGAUUGAGCGUCAGCUGUUCGAGGAGACCGUGAAAACUCUCAAUGGGUUCUAUGCUGAAGCAGAGAAGAUCGGGGGCAGCUCAUACCUGGAGGGGUGCCUGGCCUGUGCCACUGCCUACUUCAUCUUCCUCUGCAUGGAGACGCACUACGAGAAGGUCCUGAAGAAGAUCUCCAAGUACAUCCAGGAGCAGAAUGAGAAGGUCUAUGCACCACGGGGGCUGCUGCUCACCGACCCUCUGGAGCGUGGCAUGAGAGUUAUCGAGAUCUCCAUCUAUGAGGACCGGUGCAGCAGCGGCAGCUCCAGCAGCGGCAGCUCCAGCAGCAGCAGCAGCGGUGGGGGGGGGCGGUGACUGGCAGGGGGGGGUCCCUGCAGGGACGCGUACUGCCGGGACAGCCGCCUCUCUGAGAUCCGCAGGCUGCACUACCAGAGCACCCGCUUCUGAGCCCAGGGCGAGUGGGAGGGAGCCUGGGGGCCAUGUGUCCUCUGUGCCAUGUGCCCCCUGCGGUGGCUCUGCCCCUGCCCAGACCCACUGCAGGCAGGGACCGCCGCUGGGGUGUCCCAGGUGCUUCCCACUGAACCAAACCAGUGCCAAAGGGCUCCCGCAGCCCCCCCUCGCCCCAAGUGAAAGAGCUCGCCCUGCAGUGCUCCAGCAGCACUGAAGACAGGGGGACAUGGCCUCAUGCCCCUGUAUUACUUCAUCUGCAUGAUGGUGCUGUGCGUUCGCCCCAUGUGCUGCCCUAAAGGUUCUGGCUGCAUCCUGCUCCCUGCCCUCCCGUGUGCCAUCCCCAGCCAGCUCCCUGUGCCGGGCAGGGGGCACAGCUCCUCCUGCCCACACAUCCCGCAUGCAUCCUCCCCCUCCCUGCAGCAUACAGUGCCCCUGUGGUGCUGGGGGGCUGCAGGGGGUGUGUCUCCUGCUCACACCCCGCCCACGACCCCAAAGGUGCCAGCCCUGUAGAGCUGCCCUGAUGCAGCACCCUUGGCUGCAGCACCCACACUCGCAACCUGUGGCAGGGGACCCCUGGGGGGAAAGAGAUAAGAAGUGGGUCCCUGUGACAUCCAGUACCUGGGAGGGAGCACCAGGGCCAUGGAGGGAGGACCCGGCCCCACAGGAGGGUGGGGAGUGACCCCAGCUCUGGUGUUCCCCAAGGGGCACCCUGCAUGGAGACUGAUGGAGACUUUCAAUAAACCUCAUGCUUCGGCCCUGCCA